AUGAGUCAAACAGGGAACAAGAGUUCCUCAGAUGGAGAAACUAAACCCCAGAGUUUAUUUGUCAACAAAUGCAUCAGGGGGUCAAAAUUCAGGUCCCCCAAAGCUGAAAACAGAAAAGAGAGCAAUGACCUUAAAACAACUGCUUUUCGACCCAGCGAUGAGACACCGAAACCUAAUAUGAUGAGAUGGAGGAAAAAGCCAUUCCUGCCGAAGCUGGGCAAAAACCCUGUCGACAAGUGUCUAGAUUUGAACAACUGUAGACUAACAACAGCAGAUGUGAGGGAGCUACUUGCUUUGCUGCCUUCUCUUCCAGACUUGGAAGAACUGGAUAUUUCCUGGAAUGAUUUCAUAGGCAGAACCCUCCAUUUACUCAUGCAGCAAAUGCAUCUUGUCAGCAAGUUAAAAGUCCUGAGGCUGGGUAGAUGCAGACUUACUGCUGAUGAUGUUCGAGCACUGGGAGAAGCACUUAAAGCGCUGCCUGAACUUGAGUUGAAUUUGUCCUGGAACAGUAAAGUGGGAGGAAACUUGCCUCUGAUCCUCCGGACAUUCCGAGAAGGGAGCAAGAUACAAAUGCCUGAGCUUGUGGACUACGCCCUCACGUCAGAAGAUGGAGCGUUUGUGGGUCAGUUGCUACUUAGGCUGCAAAACGUUGAAGUACUUGAUCUUUCUAUUAACAGAAACAUCGGUGGCAGUCUCAACAGUAUUGCUCAGGGAUUAAAAAGUACCUUAAAUCUGAAAGUCUUGAAGUUACAUUCAUGUGGAUUAUCACAAAAGAGUGUCAAACUACUGGAUGCUGCUUUUAGAUACUUGUGUGAGCUGAGGGCACUAGACAUUUCCUGCAACAAGGAGAUGAGUGGAGGGUUUGAAGACUCCCCGGGGCUGGCCAUGCUCGAGCAUCUGGAGGGGCUGGAUCUUCGCCAGUGCUCGCUGAUGGCCGACGACACGGUGUGGCUGACUGAAGCCUCCGUUCACCUCCCUGCUCUGGAAAUAGUCAACCUUUCUUGGAAUAAGUGUGUUGGCAGCAACCUAAAGCUGCUCCUGGAAACACUAAAGCUUUCAACGUCCCUUCAGGUGCUGAGGCUGAGCAGCUGUUCCCUGGUGACAGAGGACGUGGCUCUUCUGGCAUCGGUAAUCCAGACAGGUCACCUGGCCAGGCUGCGGAAGCUGGACCUGAGCUAUAAUGACAGCAUCUGUGAUGCAGAAUGGACCAUAUUCUGCCAAAACCUGUGGUUCCUCAAAGAGUUAACCGAGCUGGAUAUUAGCCUUCAGCCAUCACCUUUUCAGGAGCGUGGACAAUGGUUUAGACACUUGUUAUGUGCCGUGACCAAACUUCCUGAGAUCACCGAGAUAAGAAUGAAGAGGUGGGUCCUCCCAGCCUCACAAGAGGAAGAACUAGAAGGCUUUGACCAAGAUCACAAAAGCAGCAUUCACUUUGACCAUGGUGGGUUUCAGGAAGCUGACUUCUCAAGGCUCAACUAA